CUGCAUCAUCUUUUUGUUUUUUUUUCCCAGAACAUUAUUGCUGAUAUGCGCAAGGUUUUGGCAAAAACUCCUCAAGUAGAACAGCAAAAGUUGCACAGAAGAGUUUUUCUGGAAAAUAUUGAUCCAGAAAACCAGGCUCUCAUGAUUUUGGUAUCUUGCUUUGUGAAAACCUCACAUGUCGAAGAGUACCUUUGUGUUAAGGUAAGAUCUGUUUGUUACUCUGUGCUUCAUGAAAAUAUAUGCUGUUAAUGCAAGGUGAUAUCUAUUGAAGGGUCACACAUGAAUAUGCACUAGCAAGCAUGUAAUGCAGAUGUACAUGCACACACACACAGACAUGUUUAUAGUGGUAGAGAUGGCUAUAUUCUGUUAGUGCCUGAUGAUAGCAAUGCAACAGGAAGUAUUACUCUUGGAUCUUCUAAGAGUUAUUAGUCAUCACCGGGCCCGGCUUGCCACCCCCAUGCGUAGAGUGCAGAAUAUAUACAACGAGCCUGAGUUGGAAGAUUUACCUUUUGCUGACACCAGUUUUACUCGUGAUAGAGUAUCUAACCGUCCCCUUCUCUUGAUCGAACCCUCUUACAAGAUCCAUGCUGAUGACAAAGUCAAAGCUUCAACUUCUUCAGUAGAAACAAAUGAAGAAAAAGAUUCUAAGGUUGAAGCAUUGUCUGCAACCGACUCAAAGGCAAAUACCAAAUCUGGAUCUGUUGUACAUUUGAAAGAAGACAGUGUCGCUGCAGCAUCAGCUUCCAACUCCAGCUCAAGCUCUGAAGUGCCACAAUCCGAACCCAAAGGCGGGAAUGAUAUGGUGCCUGGUAAUAAUGUCCAAAAUUGUUCUGAAGAGCAAUUAAAACGAAGCAGGGAGAUAACCUCAGAAGGAGCAAUAUCAGAAAACUCUCCUGUUACUAAACCGCAAUCCAGCAAUGGAAAAUCUGAAAACCUGUUGACAGUUUCACGAGCAAAGCAAGAUGUUGAGAGGCCUCCCGCAUCACCACCAGUAACCAAGUCUUCCUUGGAAGAUAACAUUGUUCUUGGUGUUGCUCUAGAUGGUUCAAAACGCACCCUUCCGAUUGACGAAGAAAGAACUCCGAACGAUGGUCAGGUGCCUUUAGUUCCAGGUGGCACUAAAAAUGAUAAGUAGGAUAGGCAAAGGUGAAUCUGCUGCUGUUAGGCGUAGUUCUACAACAUGUAAUGUCCAGCUGUGUUUUUAAAGCUGGCAUUGUACAAUGCACAGUAUCGUGCUUAUAAUGUUAUAGGGAUAAUUCUUUUAUUUUAAUUUUUUAUAUAAUUUUCAUAUGUCAUUAAAUGAGUUGAUAUAUU